AUGACCGCUUUUUUCUUCGUCCUCUCCCUCGUCAGCAUACUUCUAACCAGGGGAUACUUUUGGCUCAAAGUCCCAGAUGAUAUGAUGCUUCGAAUGCUACAGCACCGUCAAGGCGGGGAGUCCCAGGGCGAGCCGAUCCCUUUGGACUCUCUGGAGCCCAAGCGUGCUCCUCCCCAGCCCAUAGCCCCUCGUACGUGGGACGGCGAUGAUGAUUUUUUCGACCAGCCGAUGCGAUCGGAUAUCUUUGAUGAAAUGGAAAGAGGAUUUAGAAUGCUACGAAGACCACGACCGAUAUUUGACGACAGAGGUGAUGGCCCUUUUGGUUUCAACCGUAUUGCUAGCGGUGGGCCAGCGAAGAUCUCUGAGACCUCAAGCAGUGUUGAAAGCCAUGAGACGUAUGUCAAUGAUGGACAGCACAAGCCUCGUCAUACGGCUACUGUGGUUGGCAGUAGUCAGGCACUACAUGGAGAUGACCCUAAGCACCUCUCUGGAGAUGCUGCUGCUGUGAAGUGCAAGAACGGCAAGUGCGUUACUGUCCAUGCCAUGCUAGAGCCUAAGUCCGGUGAAAGGGUUUUGGGUCAGAAUGUCGAGUUGAAGUAUCUUACUCUUAAUGGUUCAUCUCUUAGUAGUGUUGUCCUGUCAUCAUGCUCGGUCGUCGUAGAGGCCCCACAGAAUGCUCAUAAGACCUGGAAGGAGACCAUGUCUGAGUCGGAGGACUCUGAUAUCGGCGACUUGGCUUCUGCAGUGGCCGAUGCCAGGAAGAGGGAAACCACAGUGAAGCGAGCCUCACAGUAUGACGAUGAUACGAGUUCGGAGUCUAGUGACAUGCGUAUUAUGAGCGAUAGUGAGGACAAGCAGCCCAAGGGCGGUGAAACGGUGAAGUCAGCUAAGAAAAGAGGGGAGACACCUAAAACGGAAAGUCGUGGAAAGGGUCCAGGAAAGCUGAGAGAGACUAAGCGGAAAGAUGGUAGCAGCUCCAUGGCGCGUUCCAAGCCGAAGAGGCGCAAGAGGUAUGCGUGGAUGGACUCGGAUGAGAGUAGCAUAACAGAGAGUAGUAAUUCCUCUGACGAGAGCUCAUCGUCCAGUGAGGACGAUAAGAACAGAGGCGAGUAUAAUAGAUCGGCUUCCUUGUCUCCUACUACUGCUGAGCGACCGAGACUAACGGAGAAGGCCUUGGAGGAGGGAAGGAAGAUCGCGGCUCGCAUAAAUAUUGUCCGAAACCAAGACGAGUUCUGGCAGUUCGUCGAGGAGCUGGACCCUAAGGUGCCCAUGCACCAAGGAGGCUCCUUGCCCGGCUCUGCAAUGGCCGCUGCUGUUCAUCGGCUCACGGGGUUUGUUUACCAGUACUACCACACCCCACAGGAGAUGCUCUCACUGGUCAAGAGCCGUAGUUUGAGGAAGCUCACGGACAUUGUCAAGACUGGCAUCAAGCGGUUCUCCCACAUUUCGAUCCAGAUUUCUAAUCUAGACUUAACUACUAUCAUCGUAUCAGUGGCCAAGUUAGGUGUCCACUGUGAUAAGCUCAGCAACGCCAACAACGCUAUGGCAACGAGCUCACAGAAGCAAGGACUAUCGUCAAACGCGUCGGGGACGCCGGCCAAUUCGAAAACUCAAAUGGAGGUCCCUGUCAUCUUCGGGGCCGAGGUUGUCCUGGCCCUAGCGGGGGAAGCUCGACGGAGAGGGCCGGAUGCUUUCUUGCAAGCUGGGCUUAGUCAACUUUGUGAUCUGUGUUGGGGUAUAGCCAAAGCAUUGCAGUGCUGCUGUAACUGUUCACAUGAGCGGCAGAAUGCUCUGGAGUUCAUACAACACGGCCGUAAGGAUCUCGACUCCUUCUACUGUGCCAUCGCUGAUACGUUGUAUCGAUCGGACAUGGACAGUUUAACUAUACCUGACAUCACCAACAUAUGUAUGGGCUUCUCCCUAGCCCGGUCUAUGGGGAUAGUGUCCACUGAGAAGAGCACUCUAUCACGUCCUGGCACUAUGGAAACGGACGAAGCCAAGGACCCGCCGGCUUACGUCCUCAUGGCUAAAGGCAUUCUCCCGCAAUUGCGGGACAGACUGAGCUAUCGGCCUCACGCUGUGAACGCGUUGGGUGCGCCUCCCCUAUCUGGGGAGCCCCCUGCUCCUGCCUGGCAACGGACUGGACAGUUCCGUUUGAACCCUCAGCAGACAUGCGACAUCACUUGCAAUCUUGCGCAGAUGGACAUAUACGAUGAACAAGUUUAUAAUCUCAUCGGGCAAAUGGCGAUAUUGCCACGACUGAGGGAAUUCGGCGUUCACCAGCUGCGCAGAUUGAGAGAUGCCUUCGACCUCGUCCGACAUGACGGUGAUUAUGAGCUGUUGAAAGCCAUGCGGCAGAGAAUAGGAGUGAUGGCCUUCCGUGUCCGGCAUCGAGCCUUCACAGCAUGGGCGCGCCGCCAGUACCAUGAGCUAGUACCUGCCCCUGCUCGUAAAGUGAUCACUAUCUUCAGCUGCAUGUCAGUGGGAUUCGUAUUGACGCAUGAUGGGAUCCCGAUGGUCACAAAGAUCUACCACCAGCUAGCCCUGCCUGAGGCAACGUCGGAAUUCAUCGACCCACUGCCGGCUGAGGCUACGCUCGAGCGGUGGCAGAAGGAGCGGCAACUAGAAGCACUUGACAUGGCGACUGCUAGUGCUGAUGAUGUGGCCAAUAUCAUCUACGGCCGAGGGAGUGUGGCGAGCGAUGAGCGAGUAACCGCAGAUGAGGCGAGGAAGUACUUUGACCAAUACGGGCCAGCUCGAUGGACAGAGGAAGCGCUCGAGGAGUGUAUCAGGCUAGCACCUCUUAUAGUAGUUGUGAACCCCCAUGCAGAGGGGCAGGCCUCGGCUACGGCCAAGUGGUCCCGGCAGCUACUAUCGCGGAAAUGUGACUUGACCUGUGUGUCUUCCACGGAAGAGCUCGAGGGCGAUCAUGAACGCUCGAGAGAGGACGCAACGCUCCUCAUAGUGUACCCCCGGAAUGACGCUGAGGCAGUCAAAGCCGUGAAGGUGUUCCCUGGACGUCGAUUAAUCUAUGUUGGCGAGGGCCCGGGAGGUUUCUGUGCCGACCCGCACUUUUUCGAGGAGGUUUUCCUUCACUGGAAAGUGGUCCGAAAGUUGGACCUAGGCCAUCAGCUCAAUGGCCAGAAGGCGUUUUCGAAGCUCUAUAUGCUUGAACGACGUGUAUCCCCUGACGCUCGAUGA